GGCCCACGCUCCCCAUGGCCAGCAUAGAAGACCUCAUCGCCACCAUCUCAGGCGGCCUCCACGCAGGCCAGCAGGGGAACGACAUCCGAGACCUUCAUGCCAAACUAGCACAGACGAUCAACAAUCCCUUACCGCCGCCUGUCCAUCGCCCCAUCCCACCAUGUACCACAACAUCCGUCUCAGCCGCCGGUAUGCCCCCUCCCGCCCCGGCCUCCUCAUGGAACACCCCACCGCCGAAUGCCGGUUUCCUUUUUUCCACAUCUCCCAUAUCCAAGAUCAAUGGCGCUGGUCCCAGUGCUGGUGGCGUUAGCGGUGGCGGAGGCGGAUCAGCAGGCGGGGAUUUUGAAGUCGCCCAUCAUGUGCAUGAAGGCUGGUCGGUGCCCAUGCCAAAUAUGGGCACAAGCUUUACCGGCCGGCCGAUCCAGCCCAUCGUGCCAAACAGCAAUCAGCAAAGGGAGGAAGGACAGUGGCGACAGAGAAAUCAAGGAUUUACUGGGGACGAGCCGGAGGAGAGGCCAUAUCACGCCUCGGUGCUUCCCAUAAAAGCUAGUCCGAAAGAUACCGGUGGUUUCGCCGAAGAUGCUUUCAAGCCUCUUUGGGAAGACCAGGGGAAAGAUCAGUGGCAAGGGUUUAACCGCCAAAAUCGGUAGUAUCCCAGUAAACAACCGACGUCGUCAAGAUCCAGCCUUUCUCUCGCACGAGAGAUUGAUCUUUUUUUUUUUUUUUAGAAACGCCCGUUGGCGGAAUUAAGAGUGGCUGUACUUGUUGGGACGUUGGAAGAUAAUCAUUUCAUACAUAGAUUUUCUCGCACAUCACUUUCUGGUUAUCACUACAUUUCUCGUCUCAUCGCUCUUGAGUUGUCUAUAUGAGUUCUCUUUUUUUGUCUGCUUCAGUAUCAGUUGUCUGUAUCAGGAUUAAUGUAUUCGUGCUAGAUGGUGGC